ACUCGUACUCGACACUACAGAGGAACCAUGCAGCUGUUGAUUGUCGCCGCUCUCGUUGCCGUUGCCGUCGCCGCGCCCCAGUUCGGCAACCAGUAUGGCAAUCAGUUCGACCGCCGGGAUCGCGUAAACUACCGUCCCAUCGCCAUCCUGAGGGACGAUCGUCAGGACUUCGGCGAUGGCAACUUUAACUACCAGUUCGAGACCGAGAAUGGCAUCAACGUGAAUGCGCGCGGAACACCGGGGUCGAAGGGCCAGAGCAACAUCGAAGGAUACUAUAGGUUCCCCCUCGAGGACGGUACCUUCGCCGAGGUUCGCUACAUCGCCGACGAGUUCGGAUUCCGCGCCGAGUCCCCCCUCAUCCCCACCCCACACCCCCUCCCCGCCCACGCCAUCGAGCAGAUCCGCUUUGCUGAAGAACAAAGGCGUCGAGGAAUCACCUAUUAAAAUGGGUUACUUUAUCAGAAUUUGAGAGAUGAUAACGGCCUACAGUGCUGUUAGACUGAGUCGCGAAAUAUGAUUUUUCGAAAGGAUUUUACUAAUAUUUUCUUUUUUUCCCCAAAUUCACAUUGAUCUUAAGCAUGCAGUAUUCAGUAUUUAUAUUUUCAUAACUUGACGCGCAAAAAUGAAAACAUUUAACAUUCCUACCUAACUUCGCUCGUUCUUGUACAGUUUUGGCAAAUAAAAUGAA